CCGACAGCAAAGCAGCUACUCUAUCCAGCCUUUCACAAGCAAACCCUCCAUCCAAAAAAAAAAAAAAAAUCCAAAAUGCAGUUCUCCAUCAUCUCCAUCAUCACCCUCCUGGCCACCGUCGCCGCUGCGGCCCCCGUGGUCGAAGACGUUCAGGCCAUCCGAACCGUCGACGCCAGGGACACGACCACCUCUGCUGACGGCCUGGUGGCGCGACAAAACGCCAACGACCUGGCCGCCCUCGACAUCUUUGCGUCCAGCGGCUGCUCCAACUACCAGACCACCGUCUGGACCUUUGUGCCCGGCGGCGGCAGCGGGCCGGGCAACGGGAGGUGUUUCGCGCUGGGACAGAACGGUAGCGUCAAGACUACUUAUUUGAAGGGCAGCUGCACCUUGACCGUCUACACCGACAGCAACUGCAGCAACGGUGCGACUGCCGCACGUGUGGGCACCUGCCUCAGUCGCAGCUGGAAGAGCUUCUCGGUCGACAACUGCGUGUAAGCGGUUUCUUCGAUACUUGUUCCAAAGGAAGAGAUGGGGAAACCAGCAAAACAAGGGGGGUUUGGGAACCAGUGUCAAAAGGCCAUUCAUUAUAAGAUUGGCAACAUGGAAUCUUCCCAGGAGGUGUGUUGAAUUGUUGUUGUCUUUUUUUUUUCUUUCUGUUUUUCAUAUCUAUUUAUUAAUUUCCUUUUUGUCAUGAAAUUCUUGGAAAAACGCGCGCAAGCGUACAAUUUGAUUCUCGAC